CAAAACCAGAAGGGAUCGUGAAAAUAAAAAACCUUGUUGUUUAUGCCUUUCUAGUCUCUGUGGACCAACCCCACUAACAAUACCAGACCUUCAAAGCAAUUUCUACUUUCUCCUCCUUACUAAUACUUCUUAAACAAAAUUUUCAUAUGUCUAUCCGCUGCUUCUGAACAUGACAGGUAAAAGACUUGUUUCACGCCACUUGUUCUUCAAAACCAGAACAGUAACCACCUCAGCUGCUCUUCCUCUAGAUCCCACCGUUUCAUCCAUCCCCACCGACCGAUUUUCCCUUUGCCUCGCCUUCACUGACCAACUCAUCAAUCGUGGAUUGCUAUCCUCUGCUCAAAAACUCUUCCAACGCAUCAUCUCUCAAUCUUCUUCCGUCUCUGAUGCAUUAUCAGCCCUUCAUUUCGUCACUGCCCAGGGCUUGGACCUUGAUUUAUCCUCUUUCGUUGCUCUCAUUAAAAAGCUUGAGCAAUCGGGGCAUCACCAAUUGGCCUACUCUCUUUACUCCGAUUGCAUUAUCGGUAGAGGUAUCAUUCCUGACACCUCCAUUGCUAAUUCUAUAGUCAUUUGCCUAUGUAAGUUAGGGAAAUUAGAGGAAGCCACUGUGCUUUUUGAUCGGCUUAUAACUGACGGUUCUUGUGGAAAACCUGCCUUUAAUGCUCUCGUUAGGCUACUUUUCUCGCACGAAAGAUUUUUGGAUGCAUUUGAUUACUUUGUUAAAAUGAACAAUAUCAAUGUUAAUUUGGGUAACCGGAGUUAUGAAGUGUUGAUCGACGGACUAUGCCAAAAAGGGUACUUACAAGAAGCAGUUGAGAUGUUUGGUUUAAUGCCCGAAAGAACAGGAUUGUUACCUACCCUUUGUUUGUACAAGUCUUUGUUUUAUGGUCUUUGCAAACAAGGGUGGGUUAUGGAGGCCGAGUCUUUGUUUGGAGAAAUGGAGUCAUUGGGUUUCUUUGUGGAUAAGACGAUGUACACUUCAUUGAUGAAUGUAUACUGUAAGGAUAGGAAGAUGAAAAUGGCCAUGAGAGUUUACUUAAGAAUGCUCAAGACAGGAUGUGAGCUGGAUAGAUAUACUUAUAACACGUUGAUCCAUGGGUUUGUUAAGAUGGGUUUGUUUGAUCAGGGUUGGGCGUUAUAUAACCAGAUGGUGAAGCACGGACUGCAGCCGUGUGUUGUGACAUAUCAUGUUAUGAUAAGUAAUUAUUGCAGGGAAGGAAAGGUUGAUUGUGCUUCUAUGCUUCUGAAUAGCAUGAUUAGCAAUAAUUUAGCUCCUAAUGUCCAUUCUUACACAGUUCUAAUCACUUCCUUAUAUAAGGAAAAUAGGGUAAUGGAAGCAGAGGAACUGUAUAAAAGCAUGCUGAGUGGUGGGCUUGUUCCAGACCAUGUUUUGUUCUUCAAACUCAUGAAGAUGUACCCUAAGGGGUAUGAACUUCGCAUUGCUUUUAUGAUUCUGAAGGCAAUAGCCCUAAAUGGGUGUGGGCUUGAUCCAUUAUUACUUCCGGUUUCAGCUCACGAAGACUUGGACCAAAAGAUUGAGUUUUUGAUUGACGAGAUCUUGAAAAGUGACUUGCGUCUAGUCAGUGUUGCAUUCAAUAUACUUAUAAGUGCCUUGUGUGAGGAAUCAAAAUUGGAUAGUGCUUUGCAUUUCAUGGAAAAAAUGAUGAAUCUAGGAUGCACACUUCUGCUUUUUACUUAUAAUUCCUUGGUGAAGUGUCUUUCCCAGAAGGGUCUUUUUGAGGAUGCUAAAUCACUACUCGAUUUUCUGCGAGACCAAGGUAUCUUUCCAGACCAAGCAACUUAUUUGAUAAGAAUAAAUGAACACUGUAAGCGUGGGGAUUUGGCACCGGCUUUGGAUAUCCUAAACCAAAUGGAGGACAGGGGAAUGAAACCUAGUGUUUCUAUUUACGAUUGCAUUAUAGGUUCUCUUUGCCGACAAAAAAGGAUGUUUGAGGCUGAAAAUAUGUUCAUAAGGAUGCUUGAGUCUGGUGUGAAUCCUGAUGAGGUUGUUUAUAUGAAAAUGAUUAAUGGCUAUUCAAUGACAGGAAGAGUAAUUGAAGCCCAUCAACUAUUUGAUAAAAUGAUAGAGGAUGCUAUUAGGCCAACAUCUUAUUCUUACACUGCUCUUAUUAGUGGAUUAGUGAAGAAAGACAUGACUGAUAAGGGAUGUAUGUAUCUUGAUAAGAUGUUGAAUGAUGGUCUUGUGCCAAAUGCCGUACUGUAUACCUCUCUCAUCCACACUUUCUUGCAGAAGGGAGAGUUUGAAUUUGCUUUUAGAUUAGUUGAUUUGAUGGACAGAAACCAGAUCGAACGUGAUUUUAUCUCUUAUGUUACACUGGUCAGUGGUUUUUGCAGAAGCAUCACCAGGAGGAAAAGAUGGCGCUCUACAGGCAGAAGGUCUGAAAGAGCAAGAGAAAUGUUGUUCCAAUUGCUCCACCGUCAAUCUCUCCUGCCAAGAGAAAAGAAAUUAAGAGUUUCUGAUGAUUCUCCUGAAGCAAUGAAACACUUUGCAUUGAAGCUUAUUCAGAAGGUUAAACAAACGAAGUUUAUGCCAAAUUUGUACCUCUACAAUGGUAUAAUUUAUGGAUUUAUUGAGACAGAUAGGAUGAAGGAUGCAUAUGAUCAUCUUGAAUUGAUGCAAAAAGAAGGAGUGCAUCCCAAUCAAGUGACUUUUACCGUACUUAUGGGUGGACACAUUAAAGCUGGUGAAAUUGAUCAUGCCGUAGGCUUAUAUAAUAAAAUGAACGCAGAUGGUUGUGCUCCGGAUAGGGUCGUGUACCACAUUUUAGUAAAAGGCCUUUGCCAGGCUGGUAGAUUACUUGAAGCAUUGUCAAUUUUACAUGCAAUGUACAAGAGGAGGCUCAUUCCUAGCAAGGGUCUUUAUGAAAUUUUACUGGGAUAUUUUUGUGCCAACUAUUUGGGCAUUCCUGCAUUCAAGAUAUUUGAAGAGAUGCUUGUUUAUCAUCCGAACCCACGGCUCUAUCAUCAUAACUGGUUGCUUUGUAUCUUAUGUGAACAACAGAUAUUGCGGGAAGCUUAUAUAGUAUUUGGUACAAUGAUUGAACGGGGCAAGUAUCCUUAUCGAUCAACAGAAAGGCUCUUAAUCGAAACAUUCAGAAAACAAUGAUAUCCCUAUUUAAAUUAUA